UCAGAUAAGCUUCGAAUCACCCGGCAACGUGAGUAAUAUCUGCGAUAUCGUCGCGUGAGCGAGCUAGCGCUCUCAAACAGGCAAAGAAAUGAAAGGGGUUUAUUUGGCUGUAUUUUUAACGAUUCACACACACGGAUUCGUGACAGGUCACCAAUGCUUUAAAUUUACAUGGCUGGAUGUGUUUCAUUAUGAAAAUAGCACGUUUGACUGUACGAAACAUAAUGAUUCAUUUACUCCUUGUAUAACUCCGUUUAUUUGUGGUAAGUGUGUAUGUAUGUGUGUAACGUUCGUAUUCGUUCGCGGUUAUAAGUUCAACUGUCAAACGAUAUUGAUCUCCAUGAUCGUGAUAUUUUCAGAUUUGGAAAAGCCGAAUUUAACUGAUAUAUUCGAGAAAAAACACAUCGAACAGAAGGAGCCUCAUAAUGUUUGUAUAAGGUAUACAUACAUGUACGAUGGCGCAGCUGUGAAUAUCAGUUAUUUCCAAGGGAAAGUCAUGGAAAACCACCGGCCGAUCACAUCAGACUGUUAUAUUCAAUACACUGAGGGAUACAGUAUCGAAGUGUGUGCCUGUAAUGGCACCACAGACGUAUAUAAACCCUGCUACUCAAGAACAAUAAGAAAUACACAUUCGGCACUAAUUACUUUUGCAGUUGCAGUUAUUUCGCUGUUUAUGUAUAAAAUUUAAUAUUUCGAUAUUUCCUGACACACUUUCGGCUUAUUCUUAUUAUCCUUGAUAUGAAUGAGACAUCGUACAAAUUAUAUUAUAUAUUUAAUAUUUAUUACAAUUUAUGUGCAGCUAUAUCGAUCAAGCGUAUAUCUUUUUACAAUUUUGCAGAACGCGCGCAAUGUAUUAUAUUUAAAUUGUAUACAGAAACAAAUAAAUCGUGUAACCGUAUAAUAUAUAAACGCAAUUGGAAAAUAAAUACUCAUACAUAAUGGAAAUCACGAGGGGGGGGGGGAAAGAUAAACUCUGG